AUGUGCUCGGCACUUCUGCUUACGGCCGUUUCUGUUGUCCUGCUGAAUGGAAUCUCUGCCGCAGAGUCUACGCGCGCCCUCGACACUGAUUUUGCGGACCCGAGUGUUAUCCGGACCGACGAUGGAUACUAUGCCUUCGGGACCGCAGGGAACGGAGUGAAUGUCCAAGUGGCUACCUCGUCUGAUUUCGGAUCGUGGGAGCUCCAAUCGGGCACCGACGCCAUGCCCGGCCCUUUUCCAAGCUGGAUUGCUGAAAGCCCUGCUAUCUGGGCUCCUGAUGUGAUUCAGAGAGACGAUGGAACGUUUGUCAUGUACUUUUCUGCUGCUUCGGCCGAUGACAAUUCCAAGCACUGCAUUGGAGCCGCGACCUCCUCCAGCAUCACUGGGCCAUACACUCCUGGAGACAGUGCCCUAGCCUGUCCUCUCGACCAGGGUGGCGCGAUCGAUGCCGACGGUUUCAAGGACGGUGACACCUACUACGUCGUCUAUAAAAUUGAUGGCAACAGCCUCAAUAACGAUGGAUCAACCCACCCCACGCCGAUCAUGCUUCAAGGCCUCAACUCCGAUGCUGUCACACCAAAUGGCGAUCCCAUUCAGCUUCUCGAUCGCGAUGACAACGAUGGCCCGCUGAUCGAGGCGCCCAGCCUGGUGAACGUGGAUGGUACCUACUAUCUUUCCUUCUCCUCCAACAUGUACGACACCACCAAGUAUGAUGUGAGCUAUGCGACCGCCACGGCCUUGGCUGGACCCUACACUAAGGCCACGGCCCCCAAUGCCCCUCUGCUUGUCUCGGGGGAUCCGAGCAACGUUGGAAACCUCGCAGGCCCUGGUGGUGCUGAUUUCAAUGGCGAUGGCACUAAGGUUGUUUUCCACGCGUUUGAGAAUGGGCAGAAUAUUGAUGAUGGCCGUGCGAUGUAUGUCGCUGACAUUAGCUGUGCCAACGGCGUGAUCACAGUGCAGUAG